AGUCGUAUUUUCGUACUCGUCGGGUUAACACUAGAGAGAGGCGGCUUGCAACUAAGAGGUCUCAAUGAUCGAUCAUAACGAAUUUGAAUAGUUGUGUGCAGUGGGUAUCGGAUAAGGAAAGGUGUGAUCGCGUGUACCUUUAUAUCGAACGUGGUGAACAACAGUAGCAACUAACAUUAAGCGGGGUGCUCGUAUAAGUAGGAUACAAACGUGCGACUGUGUUCAAGGCUGAAUCUUGAGCAACAUUGGAUGUGCGAAAAAAAUAUCUGGAAAUAAAAAUCCUACUGCUCGACAAUCACAACCUCUUUUAUGCGAAAAAAAAGUAGGAGAUGAUUACCUUUCGCUGAUUUGCUGCGUAUGUGAGAGAGCCAAUCUAUCGAAAGCGCGCCGAGGAAGCAUAAAAAAGUGAAACGCCAAUUACUAUUUUUUGGGGGAAAUGUUUUAAGAUUUGAGUUCGAGUAAAAUUAAUUGGCACAAAAGUGUGUUAUAUUGCCGUGGUAUAUUUUCCUCAUCGCAUUGAGGUCGUAACCCACGGGAUCCACCAAACGACGAAGCCGAAACUCCCCACAUACGCAACGAGGCAAAGCCGCAAAUGAAAUCACCAUGAACAUCCUGUUGCGAUUCACUGGAUUAACCACGCCGUUGCUGCUGCUUCUGUUGCUGGCAUUCGAUGGUGCAUCAUAUACUACCGCGCUUAUCAUACCCGAGGAGCUGCCUUCUAUUCUUUCUCUAGUCUACUCUAAUAUUCCACCAAUCAAAAAAGGAACGGACUCUCGGCUUGGUUUUGGCUUCCGACUGGGUGAGCAUGCCGACUUCCAGGUGCAAUUCGAAAUCGGUCCACAGCAAAGAACUAGACCAAUAGGUUCAGCAUCCACGAGCAAUAAACGUGACGUAGAUUCGGAUGAAUACCAGCAGUAUAUUAGGAAAAAGCAAUUCCCAUUGAGCUCCAACCCAGCCGGAAAAUCAUGGCUGGAAGUAUGGUCCAAGGAAACCCGGAAGAAGCAACAGUUCAACAAGGACAAACACCGCGAUGCCGUGGGGGCCGCAUCCACUAAUAGUAUGCCGCUUUCGCCCACGAUAUCCGAAUCGGCCUACAACCAACUGCAGCAGUUGUACGGUAUGAACCGACCCAACAAGGAGGAAGCCAUCGGAACAAUUCCGGCAGCGGAGUUGGACGCCAGGUUAAAGCAACUGGAAACGCUACGAGCGGAAGUUAACCCAUUCAAACCGAUGCCAGCCGAAACGGCGGAUAGCGAGGCCAACGAAGUCGAUGCCAGAAAACCCUUGGCCGAUGUACCCUUCAAGCCGAUGCCCGUGGCGACUGCUGGCGGAACGAAGAAACCCCUCGAAAGUGGUCCUGAACCAAGGAAAAAUCUGCGAAGGCGGAAAAACCCCAGCGGUAACGGGCCACGAGUGAAGGACAAGAUUUCGGCCGAUUUGGCGGACGUUUCGCUGGAUUGAAACACUGGUGGAAGUGUGGGUUCAAUAAAAAUGAAACGCAAUACUGUUUUAACCUGAAUGAAUGGAUUGAGAGAGAGUGUAAUGCGAAUGUGAAGUGGGUGAAUGAGGUUUUCUAUUCUUUUUUUUUUUUAAUUUCGAGGUACCUAUGGCAAAAUAGUCGGCACUGGCAACCUAAGGAUUGGAGUACUUCUGUAAAUAAUAGUGGUGUUUAGGAUGUGAUAUCGAACUAUUUAUGCUGCAAUGGAAAACAAGCGAAUGGAAGUUUAACUAUUUAUUCGAAGUAAGGUGAAACAAACAAUAAAGAAUAAGGUGCAAUUGGAAACCAAAUCGGAAAAUAUACGAAGCAAUUGUUAUAAA